CACAAAUUAUAAUGCAUAAAUUUCUUCUGCUCUUUUUCUUUUUGUUUGGUACGUGGGUGAGUUUGGAGUCUUCCGUGUUAAGGAAGACCACAUCCAUAGCCCCUCCGAAAGAGUAUAAUUCAAACUUCAAAAUUUUUCAGAUGCCCAUAAAAAGGGCACAAUUUUCUUUGCAGUCUUUUAGCAGAAAGGUUCUUCUUUUCUUUCUUUUUUUAUUUUACUGUGCUUCAAAUCUCCCACUUCUAGCUUCACUUCGGGAGUUCUGGUUCUGUAUCAUCUUCUUGUCUGCAAAAGAACAGAAAGAAAGAAAGAAGGAAUCAUAUGGUGCCAUAGACAAGGAAUGAACAUCUGGGUGUACAAAUAGGUGUUUUUGAUGUUCUAGGAGAAAUUGUUGAAUCAGGUGUAGCUCAGACCUAAAAUAUCUUCAAAAAAAAGGAUGAGACUGAGAAGUUCUAAUUCCUUUGAGAUGGAAAAGAGGAGUGGUAAUGUGCACUCGCCAGACACGGUUCUUGAGGACUACCUAAACGGGUUAGAAUCCGAAACAAAUUCAUCCAAGAACAGCAACCCGGAAUCCGAAGCUGGUAAAGAUGGAAUGGGAAGUUCAAAAUGGGCUGGUUUUGUUAAGCUGUUUAGUGGAAUGAAUAAGUCUAAGAGGCAUUUAGGUAGAUUGGACUCCCUCACUUCUUUCAAAUUCUCAAAGAAAUUCAGCAGCAGCAGCAGCAUGAGGGAGACAACCGGUAGCCCUUUUAACAUUCUGCAGAAUUCUGCAGUUGAUUGUGAUUUCAACUGUUUCAAGCCUCAUUGGAGGAACUUUAGCCUCUCUGAUCUUCAAAUUGCCACCAGCUACUUUCGCCAAGGAAACUUAAUAGGAAAAGGCGGUUAUGCUGAUGUGUAUAGAGGGCGUUUACGUGAUGGGCAGUUUGUUGCAGUUAAAGUUUUGACAAGAGGACAGCCAGAGGAGAGAAUAGGAGAUUUCUUGUCUGAGCUUGGGAUAAUGGCUCAUGUCAACCAUCCCAAUACUGCUAAAUUGAUUGGCUAUGGGGUUGAAGGUGGAUAUUUUCUUGUGCUUGAGCUAUCACCACAUGGAAGCCUAGCAUCUAUGAUUCACGUUGGAAAGAAAAAGCUCAAAUGGAGCAUCCGGUACAAGGUUGCCCUAGGCACAGCUAAAGGGAUACAGUAUCUUCACGAAGGUUGCCGGAAGAGAAUAAUCCAUAGAGAUAUUAAAGCUGCAAAUAUAUUGCUUACAAAGGACUUUGAGCCUCAGAUUUGUGAUUUUGGACUUGCAAAGUGGCUUCCGGAACAGUGGACUCACCUCAAUGUGAUGGAAUUCGAAGGGACAUUUGGAUAUCUUGCGCCCGAGUUUCUAAUGCACGGUAUAGUGGAUGAAAAAACAGACGUUUUUGCCUUCGGUGUGCUGCUUUUGGAGCUCAUCACAGGGCGCCGCGCCCUUGAUUACUCUCAACAAAGCCUUGUAAUCUGGGCAAAACCUCUGCUAAAGAAGAACAGGAUUAGAGAGCUUGCCGAUACCUCACUCGGCGAUAACUACAGCCCUUUGCAGAUGAAUCUCAUGGUGUUGGCUGCUUCUCUGUGUGUUCAACAGUCUCCAUUAAGGCGUCCUCGGAUCAGCCAGGAAAGCGCAGAUCAUGGGCACAAUCAUCAAUCUUUUUUUUCCUAUUUUUGUAUGAGAAAAAAAAAAAGAAUGUUUUUGGACAUCUACAAAAAAAGUAACACCAAGAAAGGGGUGUUUUGGCAUUGCAGGUUCUGCAGCUUCUGAGAGGGAACUGGGAGAGCCUGGAAUUGAUAAUGAGGUGUAGAAAGCCAUCACAGUGGAAGGGAUACUAUGAACAACUCUCCAUUGCUGAAGGGUAUCAAAAGAAGAGCAACUUAAGCUGUCUCAGUCUGCAGGAACAGAUUGCCAUGGAAGCCCCCAACAGAUGAAUCUUUAUGUGACCCAAGAAGAAGAAGAAGAAGAAGAAGAAGAAGAAGAAGAUUGGAUGGAACCAUAUGAUAUACACUGUAUAUAUGUAAAUGCCAACCAUGAUGAAGUUUGAAAUAUUUACUGGUUUGGUAAAUAUGUAAUUAUUAUGCAUGCAAAUUAUAUGUAAAAGCAUAUUUUGAAAAGGAAGGGGAUGGGAUUGGGUUUUUUUU